UCUGCGUUCUUGUCUGUCGUUCCAGUCCGAGGUGUCGUGGAUACCCAACAAGCACUACUCAGGGAUUUACGGCUUGAUGAAGCUGACGCUAACCAAAGCUCUGCCCCCGGACCUGUCCAAGGUCAUCGUCCUGGACACGGACAUCACCUUCGCCACCGACAUCGCCGAGCUCUGGGGCAUCUUCAGGAAGUUCACCGAUAAGCAGGUGAUCGGCCUGGUGGAGAACCAGAGCGACUGGUACCUGGGGAACCUGUGGAAGAACCACAAGCCCUGGCCCGCGCUGGGGCGGGGCUUCAACACAGGCGUCAUCCUCCUCUACCUGGAGCGGCUGCGGCGGAUCGGUUGGGAGCAGAUGUGGCGGCUGACGGCGGAGAGAGAGCUAAUGAGCAUGCUCAGUACAUCGCUGGCAGACCAGGACAUCUUCAACGCCUUCAUCAAGCAGGACCCGGUGCUGGUGCACCAGCUGCCCUGCUUCUGGAACGUCCAGCUGUCGGACCACACUCGCUCCGAGCAAGUGCUAACGAGGUGUCUGCUCAAGGUGAUCCACUGGAACUCUCCGAAGAAGCUGCGGGUGAAGAACAAGCACGUGGAGUUCUUCCGGAACCUGUACCUGACGUUCCUGGAGUACGACGGGAACCUGCUGAGACGAGAGCUGUUCGGCUGCCCCAGUCAGGCCAGUCCAGAGAGUGUCCAGCUGCAGGCGGGCCUGGAGGAGCUGGACGAGGACGACCAGUGCUACGACUUCCGCCGGGAGCGUCUCACCGUCCACAGGGUGCACCUGUACUUCCUGCAGUACGAGGACACGUCCUCAGGGGACGACACCGACAUCACGCUAGUGGCCCAGCUCUCCAUGGACAGGCUGCAGAUGCUGGAGGCCAUCUGCAAGCACUGGGAGGGCCCCAUCAGCCUGGCGCUCUACAUGUCGGACGCCGAGGCCCAGCAGUUCCUCCGCUACGCCCAGGCCUCCGAGGUCCUCAAGAACCGCAAGAACGUGGGCUACCACAUCGUGUACAAGGAGGGCCAGUUCUACCCCGUCAACCUGGUCCGCAACGUGGCGCUGAAGAACGCCAACACGCCGUACGUCUUCCUGACCGACGUGGACUUCCUGCCGAUGUACGGCCUCUACGAAUACCUCAGGAGGUCCGUGGUCCAGCUGGACAUGGCCCACACUAAGAAGGCUCUGUUGGUCCCGGCGUUCGAGACCCUUCGGUACCGUCUGUCCUUCCCCAAAUCCAAAGCUGAGCUGCUCUCCAUGCUGGACAUGGGGACUCUUUACACCUUCAGGUAUCAUGUGUGGCCCAAAGGUCACGCUCCGACCAACUACGCCAAAUGGCGAACGGCCACCACGCCGUUUAAGGUGGAGUGGGAGCCGGACUUCGAGCCGUACGUGGUGGUGAGGCGGGACUGUCCCGAGUACGAUCAGCGCUUCGUCGGCUUCGGCUGGAACAAGGUGUCUCACAUCCUGGAGCUGGACGCACAGGAGUACGACAUGAUGGUCCUCCCCAACGCCUUCAUGAUCCACAUGCCCCACGCUCCCAGCUUCGACAUCUCCAAGUUCCGCUCCAGCUCCAGCUACCGCAACUGUCUGAACACGCUGAAGGACGAGUUCCACCAGGACCUGUCCAGGAAGUACGGCUCGGCUGCUCUCAAGUACCUCACGGCUCAGAGGACCAUCUAAAAGAGCAGAACCACGGGGAGCCAGCGAGUUCCUCGGCCCCCGGACGAGGUCCCAGAGUCCGGACGGACUCGUACUGACGCUGCGCUGCGCCGCCGGGUAGCAAACAAUAACGGUAAAGCUUUACAGCCCUUUGGAACAAUCUUGGGCUCCUGUGCAUUGAAGGGUAACUUGGUUUCUUUCCAAUCUGGACCCUGUUGUCUGAUGUUAUUGGGGCUAAGUGGUUGGCGUGAACAACAAUCUUUGAAAGUGGUCCAGUGUUGAACGAAAACGCUGUGAUCAGCAGCCUUGGACCUGGCUGAAAUGUAACGCCAAAGGAUUUUUUGAAGAGUAAAAUCCUCUUUGUUUAACCAGAGACGGCGCCGGGAUUGCCAAUUGCCAAACCCACCAGACUCCAUGUAAAUAAUCACUA